AAAAAAAAAAGAUUGGAUUUCAAGUAUUGGUGGGCCUCUCAGACAAAAGUGCCUAACUUGUUCAGGAGCAGGCAUUGUGCAAACGCUCUGAAUAAGGUGGCAGACACUCCGAUAAAGGUUUCAACCAAGAGCCUUCAGCUGGAUCCAAGAUUUGGAGGACAUCCACAAAGUCCAUCUUCCUAAUCUACUGUGCUUGAGAGUCUGAAGAAUUUCCAAAAAGAUGGCCGGGAAACCCAAACUGCACUACACUCGAGCAAGAGGAAAAAUGGAAUCUGUCCGCUGGUUACUUGCAGCAGCUGGAGUUGAGUUUGAAGAACAAUUUUUAGAAACAAAAGAAGAUUUGGAGAAGUUGCGCAGUGAUGGACGGCUGCUUUUUCAGCAAGUGCCCAUGGUGGAAAUUGAUGGGAUGCAGCUGGUGCAAACACGAGCCAUUCUCAGCUAUAUUGCAGCAAAAUACAAUCUCUACGGAAAGGAUUUGAAAGAGAGAGCAAUGAUUGACAUGUAUGUGGAAGGAACCACUGAUCUGAUGUUAAUGGUGAUGAUGCUUCCUCUGCAGCCUGCUGAAAACAAAGAAAAGCAAAGCGCCUUGAUUAUUGAAAGAGCUACAACUAGAUAUUUUCCAGCAUACGAGAAGAUUUUGAAAGACCAUGGGCAAAAUUUUCUGGUUGGUAAUAAGUUUAGCUGGGCAGAUGUUCAUCUCUUGGAAGCCAUCUUAAUGCUUGAAGAAUUCAAGUCUGAUGUUCUCACUAAAUUUCCUCUGCUGCAGGCUUUCAAAACAAGAAUAAGCAAUAUUCCUACAAUAAAGAAAUUCUUGCAGCCUGGAAGUCAAAGGAAACCUCCACUGGAUGAAAACCUGCUUGCACAAAUAAAACAAAUAUUCAAUUUCUAAAGAGUUUUUCAAAUACUGGCAUAUUUCUACUAGCAUAAGUUUUUUCCCAAUAUAUUGCUAAUUUUAAAGGAUCCUAUUAUUAGAAAGAUAAACUAAAUAAAAUUGCAGUUCCUUUUAAUUUUAUAAUCAUCAUCCUUUGGAAACGGGAAAAAAUAAGUAAUUUACAUGAAAAAUAUUUUUAAGGCCUUGUAUCUAAAAUUAUCGUGUAUAAUGCUGUUUUUUUACAUGAGCAAAUAAAGCCUAUCUUACCCCAGAA